GGCGGCUGCGGGCGGGACGCGGGGCCGGGUGGAGCGGGGCCGCAGUGCCGAGUCACGGCCGGGGAACGAGCCACGGCCCCGGUUCUGAUCUGCUUUCUCCACUGAGCUGUGCUGUGUGGCUGGAGCGAUCAUUCAACAAUGAGUGGUGCAGCGCUGGGCCUUGAGAUAGUGUUUGUCUUUUUUCUGGCCUUAUUCCUCCUUCAUCGGUAUGGGGACUUCAAGAAACAGCAUAGGCUUGUGAUCAUAGCAACGUUGUUGGCGUGGUAUCUCUGCUUCCUCAUUGUAUUUAUACUGCCUCUGGAUGUCAGUACGACUAUUUAUAAUCGAUGCAAACUUGCUGUUAACUCCAGUCCUGCAGAAAGUAAUGGCUCUUACGUUACUCUUUCUCCAAGCAAACAAAAAUGUUUCAAACCUUGGAGUUAUAUUCCUAAUGGAAUUAUGCCAAUUUUCUGGCGUGUUGUGUAUUGGACGUCUCAGUUUCUAACAUGGAUUCUGCUACCUUUCAUGCAGUCAUAUGCAAGAUCAGGAGGGUUCUCCAUUACUGGAAAGAUUAAAACUGCAUUGAUUGAGAAUGCAAUAUAUUAUGGCACUUACUUGCUGAUUUUUGGGGCGUUUUUGAUAUAUGUGGCUGUAAACCCAAACUUCAAUUUGCAAUGGAACCAACUUCAGACUAUUGGGAUAGCUGCUGCAAACACAUGGGGUCUCUUUCUUCUUGUGUUGCUUUUGGGUUAUGGUUUGGUGGAAAUCCCCCGUUCUCACUGGAAUGGGGCCAAGAGGGGUUAUCUGCUCAUGAAGACUUAUUUCAAAGCUGCCAAACUGAUGACUGAAAAAGCAGAUGCAGAGGAGAAUUUAGAGGAUAUUAUGGAGGAAGUCCGUAAAGUAAGUGAGAGUAUCAAAUAUAACCACCCCUUGAGAAAAUGUGUUGAUACAAUACUGAAAAAGUGUCCUACUGAGUACCAGGAAAGAAUGGGUAGGAACAUGGAUGAUUAUGAAGAUUUUGAUGAAAGACAGAACAGUUAUCCAAGUGAGAAAAGUCUGGUCAAACUUCACAAGCAGGUGAUCUACUCAGUACAGAGACACCGUCGUACACAGGUCCAGUGGCAAAUUCUUCUGGAGCAAGCGUUUUACCUCGAAGAUGUGGCAAAAAACGAAACAAGUGCUACGCGUCAGUUUGUUCAUACCUUUCAUUCCCAGGAGCCAGAGAAUAAAAUUAUUCAGUAUUUCUACACACCAACUGUUGAGUGGUACUGGGAAUGUCUUCUACGACCAUGGUUUUACAGAGUGCUUGCCGUUGUGCUAGCUACAUUCUCUGUAAUUGUUGUGUGGUCAGAGUGCACAUUUUUCAGCACAAAACCAGUUCUAUCGCUAUUUGCAGUUUUCAUACAGCUGGCAGAGAAGACAUAUAAUUAUAUAUACAUAGAGAUGGCCUGUUUUCUUACCAUCUUUUUCCUAAGUAUCUGUGUUUACUCUACUGUCUUCAGGAUCCGUGUAUUUAACUAUUACUACUUAGCUUCACAUCAUCAGACAGAUGCUUACAGUCUCCUUUUCAGUGGCAUGUUAUUUUGCCGUCUUACUCCACCAUUGUGCUUGAACUUUUUGGGCUUGACCCAUAUGGAUGCAACAAUCUCUCACAAGAACACUCAGCCAACUGCUUAUACAUCUAUAAUGGGAUCCAUGAGAGUCCUGUCCUUCAUUGCAGAUGGAUUCUAUAUAUACUACCCAAUGCUUGUUGUCAUUCUCUGUAUUGCCACGUACUUUAGUUUAGGAACUCGUUGUUUGAAUCUUUUGGGAUUCCAGCAGUUCAUGGGGGAUAGCGAAAUGACUUCUGAUUUGAUUGAUGAAGGAAAAGAGCUAAUCAGAAGAGAGAAAAGAAAACGACAGAGGCAGGAAGAAGGUGAAAACAGAAGAAGGGAGUGGAAGGAGCGAUAUGGGAAUAGGGAUGAUUCCACUAGAAGCAGAGCUGUCCACACAGACCAAAAAGAAUCCAGCUUCACAGAGACCAAUGCCAACAGACCACUAUCAAAGUAUACCCGAUCAAAUGGUAGGACUGAAAGAGAUAGAAUAGAACUCCUUCAGGAUGCAGAACCUUUGGAUUUUAAUGCAGACUCUGUUAACGAUGACCCUCUUGAAUCAGACUCAGGAAGGUACCAGCCUGGUGGAAGAUACCUAUCAAUGUCUCGAAGCAAAAUAUUUGAUGAUGUCUAAGCUCCUCAAUGCUAAAGAAAAUUCAGUGGAAAUCUAGCUCCUACUCAUUGCUUGGAAAAUACUGUAUUUGUGAUAUAUCACUGAACCAUCAAAGACUGUUUCUGUUUAAAAAAAAAAAUGAAGGAACAAUUAUUUUGGAAAUGCACAUCUAUGAUGAGUUCACCACUUAUGAUAAGAACAUGCUUCUUCUAUUGUAGAUACUGUUGUGCAUCAGUGUGGGCUUUUGUGUCAUGAUGAAAAGGAGAAAACUAUUAAUUUAGUAAAUGGCAAACUCAUAAAUAUAUCUUGAAGUGUAUAUACAGUUUGAACUGCAGCAGUCUAAGUUCUAGGAAAAGAUUUUCUGGAAGGAUUUUUUUUUUCUUGGACUUUAACUGUUGCUGUGAGAGCAUCGUAAUGCGUCCAAAGUGCAUUAUAUCAAUUACCAUACAAUUUUUUCUAUUUGAACUAUAGUUCAAAAUCUGCUGAAUAAAAUUAAGGCUUCUUUUGCCUUCAGUGGUGUUGAAUCAGACCCACAUAAGGAGAAAGACUGAGUGGCAGGCUGUUCCUCAUAGAAACAUAAAAAUACCCGUUCCACUAUUUAAAGAGUGGCUGCAAAGAAGAUAAAGACUGCCUUUUGUUUACAAGGAGUCAAAUAGAAAAGAUGAGGGGUCAUGGGUACAAGAUACUCCUGGGGAGAUUCCAUUUGGACACAACUGAAAAUUUUU